CUCGCCUGGCGGGGGGUGCUUCGGCUGCCGCUGGAGCGGCUUUGGCCGGAAAGGGAGGAGCCGGGCGAUUCAAAACUUCAGUGGCAGGACUCUUGGGACCUGGAGUACAUGAUGGCGAGUGAGGAGGGGCUCGGGGCGGACGCACUCUUCCUGCACCCGGCCGCAGCGCCGCCCGUGAAGUUGGCGGUGCUACAGCUGCUGCGUAACCUCGCCUGCAGGCUGCGCCUGCGCCGUGCAGUCAACUACGAACAGUGCUGUAGACAGCUGGAGGCGCAGCUGCAGGAGGUGACGAGCCAGCUGUCGGAAACGAAGCACCAGGCCCGGGAGGCGGGAGCGUCCCUAGAAGCCGAGAUUGAGCUUGGCCCAGUAGGCGAGCAGUUUGGCCAGCCAUUUCAGCUUGCAGCGGCUGCACCACGCAGCAAGCUCAGGACAGAUGUGGCGCUGGUGCAGUGGCGGAAGCAGCAGCAACGCUGCCGCGCAAUGAAGGAGCAUGUGGAGCAGCUCAACCAGCACGCCGGGGAGCUAGACCGGACGCGGUUGGCGGUCAUCACGAAGCUGAAGCAGGCGAGAGAGAGCGAGGAAACGGCCAAGCAGCAGGCGGCCUUGCUGGAGGAUGACACGGAGGCACUGCUGCGGAGCCUGCUGGCAGCGGUGGAGAAGGAGCAGGAGUGUCGGCGGCAGCGGCUGGCGCUGCAUCACGGCGAGGGCGCCACACGCACAGCCAUGGCUGCAGCGGGCGCAAAGCAGCAGGCCGCCGACCAGGAGGCUGGCGGCGUAACCGGGCAACCGGCGAAGCGCCCGCGCCUUGAUCAGCACGUGCCACAGGCGGUGAACGGUCUGCAGGGUCCUGCAGCAGCAGCUACACACGUGGCCGGCAGCGGCGUCGCACUAGGUCCCGUCGCGAGCAGUGCCGGGGACUGCUGCAGGGCGCUCGGCGAUGACAAGUCAUGCGCACAGCCUGAGGGCCGAGGACUCGGCCUUGCGGCCGUGCCACAGCCCCAACAGCUGCAAGGGCCGCAAGGGCCGCCGAACCACACGGCUGGACCUGGUCGUCAACAGGGCAUGGAUGCGAACUUCAUGGAAUGGAGCAAGCUCCAGAAGGGAUACUUGUGGGCACGCGCCAUGAUGCUGCGUUGUGCCGAAAGGCACGGCGCACUAAGCGGGGACGGUGCCGAGGUGAAUCUGUCCUGCCUGCCGGAGGCCGCGCGCCAGCACUACAGCUGCUGCAAGCGGCGCGCAACGGAGGCGGGAACGCAGCUUGUGGCCAAUUGCGAGCCGGUGCCGACGGACGUGCACGUGCGGAACUGCUUCAAUGCCAUGAAGCGGCAGCAGCAACAGCAACGGCAGCCAGGGCAAGAGAGGCAGCAGCUACAGCAACAGGCACUGGGAGCGGCUUCUGGCAGCGCCAGCUGCUCGGGUGGUGCGGCGGGCGCAAUAUAUCAAGGCCUACCGCCGCAGCAGCCACAGCCCCACCAGCCGCCAUUACACGCCACGCCCCAGCAGGCGCCAACAUACAACCAGGCCGCUGCGUCUCAAGUGCCACAGCAGUCGGCGUGUAGUGAUGACGGCCCACCCAGCGCUCGGCCGGCUGGCGCUGCGUCAGCAUCCGCAGCAGUGUUGGCGGCAGCGGUUCCACUUCUCACCUUCUCUGCCCCCGCUGCGAAGCCGCCACGGCCCGGUCCGGGCUCGCGAAUGCAGCAGACCCCAGCGCACCUGCGGCCGCUGCAGCGCACCCGGCAACCGGCCCCCGCACCAACCAGCUCCCGAUCGCAGUCGCCUUCUCCCGCAGUGGCUCCGCCGGUGCAGGCGCGGGCCGAGCCACCCCACGUGCAUGCCGCGAGCGCGCAUCCGGCGGCAGCCUUUCCCAAGCCCUCGAUGCAUGCAGGGGCCGCAUUUGGGUCGGGUGGAGGGACGUACGCAGCAGCGGCUGUAGGGGCGCCCAUUGCAGUAGUGCCGUCGCAGCCAUUCAGCCAGCCGCCAUACACGUCGUGCCACUAUCCCCAGCUACCCCAGCAGCCCCACUUGCCUCACCCGCAGCAGCUGCACCCGCAACCGCUCCAGCAGCACCAGCCGUACCUGCAGCAGCUGAAUUCACACCAGCACCAGCACCAGCACCACCAGCAGCUGCACCAGCAAGGCCUGCCGCUCGGACAACCGCUGCGAGCGGAGCAGCGGUGGCGAAGCGGCGCGGGCCCCGCAGGCUACCAGCAGCAAGCGCACGGCGGGGCGCGGCUUCAUGAAGACCCUCAGGGCCGUAGCCAUGCUCCGCUGCCCGCCACUUCGGUGCCACCUCCGGCAACUGCGGCAACGGAAGCAACCCACGUGCAGCAAUCUCAGCACCAUCAGGAACCGCAUCCAGCCACAGCAACCAUUGUUGCGUGGGAAGGCGCUCUUGAGCUGGUCUGGACCUCCCAGGCGUCUGCUUCCGUGCCUCGUAUGUCGGGCGUGUCCGCGACCCCUUCUCGCGUCGUGCAGUGUCUACAAGGUGCCCGCUUGUUGGUCGCGCCGCUGCCCGCCUUAAACGAGCCACGACCGGCAGAGAGGACAUUCAGCGGCCUCGCCGAGCUACUGCAGCAGGCGGGGGUGGGGGUGCUUCCUAUUUUCGCAGCGGCCAAGGACAAGCAGGUCGCGCAACUGGAGCCGCACAUCCGCUCAUACCGCUACCUGGCCCCUGAGGUGGGCCUGCUGACGUUCGCGGCCCAGCCCGAGCUCGUGAAGGCGCUGGUCUUCACCACCGCUCACGGCCUACAUGCCGAUCUGACAGACGCAGCGCAGCAUCCGGGCGGUCAGCUCGGCGCUGAGGCUGCCGCCAGCGGCAGGGUCCGCUACGUGGUCAGCUCGGUGACACUCAAGCAGGGCCCAGCGACCGGCCAGGUGCUGUCCGUCUACCUGUUCAGCCGGGCCAGCGGGGCCUGGGCACAAGAGGUGCUUGCGGCUGGCCUGCCAGAGGCCCAGCGGGCGCUCUUCAUGGCGGGACAUGCUCUGCUGCUCCUUGCGCAGCUGGCGCCCGGCAGCGCUGCCGCCUCUAACAGCAGCGGCGUGGCUGGAGGUAGCGGCGGCAGUGGCUCAUGCUUGCCAUCAGCGCCGUCGCAGCGGAGCAUGCAGGCCACAUCGCCACUGGCUCGUGAGCCUGGGGCCCCAGGUGCACCAGGCGGUGCUGUGGCUCCGCAGGCAGACACCGCGCUGCCUGCAGUAUUGUUGCAAAGCGCAGCAAGCGUGGCUAUGCAGGGCGGGUUACAGCUGCCGGACCCGGGGCCGCAGCCAACCAAGCAGGCGUCGGACGCUCGAGCGACAAGUGGUGGCCGCAAGGACUUGCCCAGCAGCAGCGCCUCGAUAUCGGCAGUCGCUGAUUGGGCGCCGAGCGACGGGCCUGACGGCACGCCAGACCCUGCAUGGCGCCACUUUCAGUCGCCGCCGCACCUGGGGCCGGGGCUGAGCCUGGGACCGCUGCCGCAACCCAGCAAAGCGGCAGCGGUUGGCUCGGGGGUUGACGUGGAGUUGGGUGGAAGCAGAAGCUGCGGCCCUGGAGAGCUGCCACCCGCUGCGAGCAAGGCGGCUGAAGUACUCGUAAAGAUGCCAGGCCAGGAGCCAGCAGCGGUGCCAAGUGGCGGCGGCGCUGGCGCAGUUGGUAUCAGCGCGUCGCUAGCGCAUGCCUCUGGUGCAACAAAUAUGGACCCAUGCGCCCUGUUGGAGGCGGAGAAGGCGGCGGAGGACAAGGAGAUGGAGACGGAGACGGAGGAAGAGGAAGAGGAAGAGGAGCAGGGAGGAGGGGGGGAGGAGGAGUACUUGCGGGACCCGGGGUCGCCGGGGCCGUUGUGGCCGCCAAUUGGUUUCGAUGGCCGCACCCGGUCCCCUAUAUACCUUGUUGACAGUGACAUAGACGAGCAGUCGUAAAUUUCCACAGACAUCCAUCGGCCCCUGGAGCAUGUUCGGUUAGGUUAGUGCAGCAGGUUCGUGUUUGUGUGAAGGGCGUCGCAGCGCUUCCUUGGUGGCGGGCCGUGGAAUGCGGCCAGCGCCUUGAGAUCCGUGCUUUCGGCCAUUCAAAGGGCCGGGGCCGAGACGACGAAGGAGAGAGAAGUACGGUACGGGAGGGGGCACCGGACUGACGGGAGGUCAUUCGACUACAAUGUGCUAGUGCGCUACUGGCUGCGACAAGCUGUCGAAAUAAUGUGCACUGAUAAUUUUGUGGCUGAGAGCCGCCUCACCCCGGUUAGUGCACGUGUAUGAGUACUGUGCCGCAUUAGGGUGCACUGCAGUUUUGGGCUUGCAAGGUGUGCGUCAGGCAUUCUGGCAUCUAAACCUGUGUAUUUGUUUGCUGAAAUUGCGGUGGAUCAGGUGGACGCCGGCCAAGGAAUCUGAUAGGGCACGCUGUCAAGGUAGGCGCUGUAUGCAAGGCAGGAAGGUGGGCAUAUUCUGGCGUGGGCUCGCCAGUUGAAGUGACACGUGCACAGUCGGUCUAUGCAGACGGCUGCCACAUUAACACCAGAGAAAGAAAUGCCAAAUGGAGACGACGAGGCCUCCGUAGGUGUUCGAGCAUAUAGUACCUCAUGUACAGUAGGCAUUCAAACUGGGAAUGGGUGUGUGCAGGCAGUCCAGGCAAGUCGAGCGAGCGAGGGCUGUUUCAUCGCUGGUUACAAACUCCUGCCCAUAGCCGUACCGCUUCAAAGCAUUGCAUGACAGGUCUAUCACCCGGACUUGCGCCAACCAGCGCAAUACGCCAACAUGCGGGAGGGAAGACCUGAAGGGAGCGCGAGUUUCUGAAGAGGAGCACGCGGAAUAUAUGAAUGCGCUGGUUGUGCCGUGGGCAAGGGGUACAACCGUGCAACCCUGCCGUACGUAGGCGGCGGGCGUGUGGGGCAAGGAUGCAAUGGGACAGGGUGAGGGGCAGGUUGAUUGGCAUAGCCCUGUGCGGGGGAGGAAUUGGCAUGUGGGACGUGGGCGCCAAAUCGACCAGGUCUACCCAUGCGCAAUAAGUGACAUAUGCAGGUGUGUUGCUGUCUGUAACGGAUCAGCACA